AUGGGUCAGCUGUUCCCAGGACAGCCCACCCCCCCCAAGUUGACCGUGACCUUGGACAAGCUCGCCUUGAACCUCAGCCUCAACAGCAACGAGUCUCAGUCUCAGGUGGUUCAGCAGAACCUGGCGGUCCAGUCGGCCCAGAUCCGGACCGGGGACUCCCGGGGAGUCCAGUUCACCUCCUUCUCAGGAAGUACCGGGAACUUCGUGGCCGACCGGAUCCAGCUGAACACGAGCGCCGACGGGAUCAACGUCCAGCCCGGGUUCGUUCCUGAAGCGCUGGUUUACAUUCGAUUCCCAGAACCAGCUAGCCGUCUGAAUCCCACCAACGUGUCUCUGGGCUUCGUUCUGUAUAAAAGCGACCGGUUCUUCCGGUCCCAGCUCUACAGCAGAACCAGUCAGGAGAACCGGGCCUCCAUCAGGGUUCUGUCGGCCAGCGUCGUGGGUCAGGAACGGACCGUGGUUCCUCAACACGUGGAGCUGGAGUUCCGACCAGACCUGAACGAUGCGUUUCUGCACGACUUCGCCUGCGUUUUCUGGGACUACGGUCUGCAGGACUGGAGCACGGCCGGCUGCUCCAAGGGAAACGCCUCCGACGGCGUCCUGCGCUGCUUCUGCAACCACACCACCAACUUCGCCGCUCUCUGGUCUUUCAGGACCAAAUACAACUACGCAGUAGCCCUGGACAUUUUCUCCAAGGUGGGAUUGUCCUUCUCCAUCGCAGGGUUGGUGGUUUCCAUCAUUCACCACGUCAGAGAAAACUUCCUGAUUGGCCGUCAGCGCCAGACCAACAUCAACGCGCCGCUAGCGCUGCUCUGCAUCUACGUUAGCCUGCUAGCCUUCAUCGUCAUCUUCCUGGCCGGGGCCCGGAACCACCAGGACCCGGUCCGGACCGUUCCCACCGAGAACCGGAUCCCGGCCCUGGACCACCACGUGGACCCGGACGGCGGCGCCUGCACGGCGGUGGCGGCGCUGCUGCACUUCUUCCUGCUAGCCACCUUCGCCUGGAACGCUACGUACGCUACGCAGCUGGUGCUGCUGGUCCGGUCCAUGCGCCGCAGCCUGCCGCCCUAUUGGACCUCGCUGAGCCUGGUAGUGGGCUGGGGUAUGACAUCACCGUGACAUCACCGUGACAU